AUCUUCUUCUUCGAUUUAGUACAGAAGCUGCAGUUUAUCAAUGUACUCUCUUUCGUUUCCAUCUUCGUCUUCUGCCCUUUUCCCUUCUCUGUUUGCUUUCGAUUCUUCGCGUCGUCUCUCUUUGCAACCAAAGAAGCUAAAUCGUCUACAAAGUCACUUCAUUUCUCCUCAACAUCUCUCAUUCUCUCAGUCUAAUGUCUCUCCUUACAGAGCGUUUUGUGUUUCUCCGACUUCUCCUCCAGAAGGAACAGUCUCAGUGUUCGAUUUCCAUGAGAAAGAUUGGUCCUUUCUCGAAUCUAUGGAAAUUGAAUCCACUGAACAUGCUCAGAAGAUCGAAAGGAUCAUAAAGGCUGGAGAAAUAUCGGAAUCUUCGAGGGUUUUGGUUUCAAUUAGCUCAGAGGCCUUCGUUGAUCGUUUGGUGGAAUCUUCACCUACUCAGCUCUUGCUUAUUGUCCAUGACUCUCUUUUUACGUUAGCCUGUGUCAAAGAGAAAUACGACAAAGUCAAAUGUUGGCAAGGGGAAUUGAUCUAUGUCCCUGAGAAAUGGUCUCCAUUAGACGUUGUGUUUCUCUACUUUCUUCCAGCUUUGCCUUUUGACCUCGACGACCUGUUCAAGACACUCUCUCAACGUUGUUCCUCUGGUGCAAGAGUAGUAAUCAGUCACCCGCGAGGUAGACAAGGCUUGGAGCAGCAAAGGAAAGAGUUUUCAGAUGUGGUCGUCUCUGAUUUACCUGAUGAUUCCACAUUGAGGAAUGUUGCUAAGAAGCAUUCAUUUGAGCUUACCCAGUUUGUUGAUGAGCAAGGACUUUAUCUCGCUGUUCUGAAAUCCUCCAAACAAUAGGUUGUUAUGUCGAGAGAAUAUCUUUUGUAUGAGAUUAUAUUUUUUCCCUGUUGUGUUGUGAUAAAAUAUACACCCAACAAUGGAGAAUUAUUCAUUUUGAGUAAAACAAAACCUUUGAA